AUGUCUCUUCAACCUUUCUUCGAUUUAUACCCAUUUCAAGACGGUCUUUCUGACUUUUUGAGUUAUUCUCCUCGUGUCCAACGCCAGAAUCGUGUUGGCGAUUUGUCACCUGCCAUUGAUGUUCACGAAGGCAAAGACACGGUUGCUGUUGAUGUAGAACUUCCUGGUGUCAAAAAGCAAGACGUACAAGUUCAUUACGACGAAGGAAAACUUACCAUUUCUGGUGAAUCUGUGAAUGAGCGCAAGAGUGAAAGCGACAAGGGAAACCAAAGAUGGUCGGAACGUCGCUUUGGUUCCUUCUCCCGAACAAUCACCAUUCCAAACAAGGUAGAUGCCGAUCGCAUUGAAGCUCAAUUCAACCACGGUAUUUUAAGCGUUGUCUUGCCCAAGAUUGAGGAAUCUCGCUCCAAGAAGCAAAUCGCCAUUCACUGA